UCUCCACUCUCAAUACCCAAACCCAAAUCCAAAAAGACAAAAGUUCGAUACUUUACACACCUUCCUCUCAUUUCAACCCGACCCGCGUUAACAAUGGUUGGUCUAACUCCCUCCGAGGACAACCGCUCAGAGAUCGCCUUCUUCGACUUAGAGACGACAAUUCCGUUUCGAGCUGGCCAGAAGCACGAGAUCCUCGAGUUCGGUUCCAUCCUCGUCUGCCCCAAGAAGCUAGUCGAGCUCCGAAGCUACACACAGCUCGUCCGACCCGCGAAUCUCAGCCGCAUCACGGAACGCUCCGUGAAUUGCAACGGCAUCAAGAGGGAAGACGUCAAGUCGAAACCCUCCUUUGCAGAUAUCGCUGACGACGUCUACGAGAUCCUCCACGGAAGGGUAUGGGCAGGUCACAACAUAUUGAGGUUUGAUAUUCCAAGGAUAAGAGAAGCUUUUGCAGAGAUUGGAAGGGAUCCACCAGAGCCAAAGGGAACCAUUGACUCCUUGGUGUUACUUACUCAAAAGUUUGGGAGGAGAGCUGGUGAUAUGAAGAUGGCAACACUGGCUUCAUACUUUGGUAUUGGAAAUCAAACGCAUAGGAGCCUGGAUGAUGUCAGGAUGAAUUUUGAGGUUCUCAAGUAUUGUGCCACUGUUUUGUUCUUGGAGUCAAGUCUACCAGAUGAACUUAUAGAGAACUCGGUUACUACUACUACGCCAGAAACAAGUUCAAGAAGACGCAGGAAUACAAGAACAUCUCCGGUUAGUGAGCAAACAGCGGAGAGCACUACAGCUAUACCUAUUCUAUCAUUUGUUUCACCAGCAGGAUCUCAAACGAAUCCCUUUGAUAUGAGCACUCUAAGCAAGGAGAUAACCUCCGAGACUCUACCACCAGAUAGUCCCAUGGAAGAAGAACAAAACCAGCCAUCUAUGGCUAUUACCCCUGAAGCAACCGGUGACCAGGAAGGGUUCUUGGAGCCUGGAGAGAUAUCUAGUCCAUGCAUCAAAGCCGUUCAGGUCCCGCUUUAUCAGGGGAGUCAAAUAACGAAGCCUCAGCUCUUACAUGGAGACAACAAACCUCUUCAGCUCCGUUGUCCUGACCUGAAAGUACGGUAUGGAAUCAGUGGCAAAUUUAUGGAUAGUUUUGGGAGGAGGAAGCUGAACUUUAUGAUUGAUCUGAGUCCAAGUCUCUGCAACGUAUUGCAAGAAUGUGACAGUGCUGCAAAGACAAUAUCUGUUGAUUCAGGGAGCGGUUCUGACUGGAAUCCAGUGAUCAUUCCUAUGAAAGGGUUCCUCAGCCCUACCGCAAGGAUACAUAUACCGAUAGGGUUAAAUGGAGAUGUGGACCGUUAUGCAGCUGAGAUACACCAGAGAGAGUUCUCUGGAGCUACUACUACUACUACUCAGAAACUCAUCUCAAGCAACCCAAGUGGUGAGGAGCUCGAGUCUUUGGUGAAACCAGGAACUGUCCUUGACGCUUUCUUGUCCCUGGAGCCAUAUGAUUAUCAGCAAAGAGCUGGGAUCCGUUUAGUUGCUAGAAAGCUUGUUAUACAUUAGUAAAUAUUACAAAGUAGCACAUACACCACAGAACUGAUGUUCAUGACAGUAGAAAUAAAUAGCUGAUUAUGGUUUCAGUUUUAAAUUACUUGCAACUCAGAUUUACAUGCAAAUGGUUUCUUUGUCUGAA